CGGAAGUUGUUUUCCAGAACGGUGUCCCACUCGCAGGAGGACGCGUGGACGAGCGGUGUUCUGUAAAAAGUGCUCUCCGACAGCCGGGCUGCGCAGAAGAGUUCCGAGGGUGCAGACGCCGCGAACCAAGCGGGGCUCGUGGCGUUUCCGGUGCCGGCGGCUGCAGCCGGCGUUUAAAGCCCAAACAGCUGGAGAAGGCUUCGGGGUUCUGAGGAGAAAAGAAAAAGAGUGGGGUUCGGGAAGUGGGAGAGGGAAGGUGCUGUGUUCAGAGGUGAAUCCAUUUCGGGACGGAAGAGCCCCGAGGUGCUGCUGCUGUCUCCUUAGGGAUCAUCUUUCAAGGACCAUGGCCAACAGGGAGCGGACGUUCAUAGCCAUCAAGCCCGAUGGCGUCCAGCGGAGACUUGUAGGAGACAUCAUCAAGCGUUUUGAGCAAAAGGGCUUCCGCCUUGUUGCUUUGAAACUUAUGCAGGCCUCGGAGGACCUGCUCAAGCAGCACUACGCUGACCUCAAGGAGCGCCCCUUCUUCCCCGGCCUGGUGCAGUACAUGCACUCGGGGCCAGUGGUCGCCAUGGUCUGGGAGGGGCUGAACGUGGUGAAGACGGGCCGUGUGAUGCUGGGCGAGACCAACCCCGCUGACUCCAAGCCGGGCACCAUCCGCGGGGACUUCUGCAUCCAAGUUGGCAGGAACAUCAUCCACGGCAGCGACUCGGUGGAGAGUGCGGAGAAGGAGAUCGGCCUGUGGUUCCAGCCAGAGGAGCUGGUGGACUACAGAAGCUGCGCCCAGGACUGGAUCUAUGAGUGACUGCAGGCGGGGCAGAGCGUCCCCGUCUCCCAGAGGGCAGCCCGAGCUGUGUGGGCGCUGCUCCCUCUCCAGUGUUACGUCCUUGUCCUUCAGUGGAGUAAAGUGCGAGCUGUCACCCCACGCAGAGCAGCCUCUCUCC